AUGGAUUUAGCUCACCGAGCAUUAUGGGCAAUUAAAACGGUUAACACGGAUUAUAAUGAAGCGGGGAAGGUGCAAAAGUUGCAAUUGAGUGAGAUAGAAGAGAUUAGAGACGAAGCCUACGAAUGUGCAUCCGCAUAUAAAGACAAGCUUAAAAAGGUUCACGAUGCAAAGUUGCGGAAGAGAUCUUUUGAAGUGGGUCAAAAGGUGUGGUUGUACAAUUCGAGAUUGAAGUUUUUUGCGGGCAAGUUGAAAAGUAAAUGGAUGGGGCCCUAUGUGAUUACAAGAGUGGGGCAAUUUGGUGAUAUAGAGAUUGAAGAUGUUCACACUCAAACGAAACAAGUGGUGAACGGGCACUGGCUCAAGCCAUACUUGGAGGGAAACGACAUCAACAAUCUUGAGCUUGACAAAUUGGGCUACAUUUUAUGCCCAUUGGAUGAGUAA